AUGGCGGCAUCUACUGCCAAUGUCAUCGCCGAAGCGGUGCUUACCCAGUUCAGCAAGCUCCCUGCCAAGCGAAAACCCAAAGUUCGCGACAAUGGUUUACAUGAAUGGGUGCCAAUAAGCGGCAUUGUGGCCGAAAGUGAUGGAAUAUUUACCUGUGUAUCUCUCGCUACGGGCAUGAAAUGUCUGCCGGCAAGCAAGAUACCAGACUGCAACGGCAUCGGCUUACAUGACUGGCACGCCGAGAUACUCGCUAUCCGCACCUUCAACCGACACAUUCUGGAAGAAUGCAGCCGAUUGAUGGAGGACAGCUCCUCUGACCUUGUCGAGCGAACGGAUCCAUCCUCGACUGGCGGCCAGCCCUUUCGUCUAAGACCCGGUAUAAAGCUUCAUAUGUACGCCUCGGAAGCGCCAUGUGGCGAUGCUAGCAUGGAAAAUCUGAUGGCAGCACAGGCAGAUGCAUCCCCAUGGGAUGUGCCCACGCAAACAGACACCGAGGCAGAUACAUUGCCUGGCCGAGCCUACUUCUCACAGCUCGGUGUCGUGCGACGGAAGCCAGCACGCAGCGAUGCACCACCCACACUCUCCAAGUCAUGCUCCGACAAGCUGGCCCUCAAGCAGUGCACCUCGCUGCUCGCGUCGCUCACCUCGCUGUUUGUCGAUCCUAGCAGCGUCCAUAUUGGCACUUUGGUCCUGCCCGAGGACCAGUAUUCCGCUGUAGCGUGCCAGCGCGCAUUUUCUGCGAUGGGGCGCAUGGAUGGCAUCGCUGGCGAGGGCCUCGAGGGCGCUUACCACUUUCGUCCGUUUUCUGUUGCCGCCACUACUGUCCAGUUUGAGUACUCGAGACGAGCCGUGCAGUCGCGCACCAACAGCAUGACCGCGAGCAAUCUCGCGGCCGCAUGGUCCCCGUCCGACGUGGAGGAGUCGAUUCUCGGCGGUGUGAUCCAGGGGCAUAAGCCGUUUUUGCCUAGAGGCGCCAGCCGCAUGUCGCGGCGCAGCAUGUGGCAGUCGUGUCGACAGCUCGCGGGUAAGCUCCCAGAGUGGCCGGCGAUAUCAGCGCACUUGGCCGUCGACACGCAUGGCCAAGUGAAAACAGGUCCGCUGCUGGAAGCGCGCAACAAGGUCAAGGCGCGCGCGCGGGAGGCUGCGCUGCCUGGUUGGAUACGAAACACGGGGGACGAUGCAUUCUCCAUAGGUUGA